AUGGCUGAAGGUGUUUUCUCUGGUGCUAUCGGUAUCGAUUUAGGUACUACUUAUUCUUGUGUUGCUACUUACGAGUCUUCCGUUGAGAUUAUCGCCAACGAGCAAGGUAACAGAGUUACUCCAUCUUUCGUUGCCUUCACCCCAGAAGAAAGACUUAUUGGUGAUGCUGCUAAGAACCAAGCUGCUUUAAACCCCAAAAACACCGUUUUCGAUGCUAAGCGUUUGAUUGGUAGAAGAUUCGAUGAAGAAUCUGUCCAAGGUGAUAUGAAGACCUGGCCAUUCAAGGUCAUUGAUUCCAAUGGUUCUCCAAUGAUCGAGGUCGACUACUUGGGUGAGACUAAGUCUUUCUCUCCUCAAGAAAUUUCCGCUAUGGUUUUGACCAAGAUGAAGGAGAUUGCUGAAGCUAAGAUAGGUAAAAAGGUUGAAAAAGCUGUUAUUACCGUCCCUGCAUACUUCAACGACGCUCAAAGACAGGCUACCAAGGAUGCAGGUGCUAUCUCUGGUUUGAAUGUUUUAAGAAUUAUCAACGAACCAACUGCUGCUGCCAUUGCUUACGGUUUGGGUGCAGGUAAGUCCGACAAGGACAGAUACGUUAUGAUCUUUGACUUGGGUGGUGGUACUUUCGAUGUUUCUUUGUUGAACAUUGCUGGUGGUGUUUACACUGUUAAGUCUACCUCCGGUAACACUCACUUGGGUGGUCAAGAUUUCGACACAAACUUAUUGGAACACUUUAAGGCCGAAUUCAAGAAGAAGACUGGUUUGGACAUCUCUGGUGACUCUAGAGCUUUGAGAAGAUUAAGAACAGCUGCUGAAAGAGCUAAGAGAACUUUGUCAUCUGUUACUCAAACAGCUGUUGAAGUUGACUCUUUAUUCGAUGGUGAAGACUUUGAAGCUUCUAUCACCAGAGCUAGAUUCGAAGACAUUAACGCUGCCAUGUUCAAGUCUACUUUGGACCCAGUUGAACAAGUUUUGAAGGAUGCCAACAUCUCCAAGUCUCAAAUUGAUGAGGUCGUCUUGGUUGGUGGUUCCACCAGAAUUCCAAAGGUCCAAAAGUUGUUGUCUGACUUCUUUGACGGUAAGCAAUUAGAAAAGUCUAUUAACCCAGAUGAGGCUGUUGCUUAUGGUGCUGCUGUUCAAGCUGCUAUUUUGACUGGUUCUAACUUGUCUGAAGAUACCAAGGAUCUAUUGUUGCUAGAUGUUGCUCCAUUAUCUCUAGGUGUUGCUAUGCAAGGCGACGUCUUUGCAUGUGUUAUUCCAAGAAACACCACUGUUCCAACCAUUAAGAGAAGAACUUUCACAACUGUUCACGACAGUCAAACCACUGUUACAUUCCCAGUCUACCAAGGUGAGCGUGUCAACUGUAAGGACAACACUUUGUUGGGUGAAUUCGACCUAAAGGGAAUUCCACCAUUGCCAGCUGGUGAGCCUGUUUUGGAAGCUAUCUUCGAAGUUGAUGCCAACGGUAUCUUGAAGGUUACUGCUGUUGAGAAGUCCACUGGUAAGACCGCUAAUAUUACUAUCUCUAACGCUAUCGGUAGAUUGUCUUCUGAAGACAUCGAAAAGAUGGUUUCUCAAGCCGAAGAAUUCAAAGCUUCUGACGAAGCCUUUGCCAAGAGACACGAGGCUAAGCAAAGAUUGGAAUCUUACGUCUCUUCUAUCGAACAAACCGUUUCCGAUCCAGUUUUGUCUGCUAAGAUGAAGAGGGGUGCUAAGACUAAGGUUGAGGCCGCUUUGGCAGAAGCUUUCUCCGCUUUGCAGAUCGAAGACUCUACCACUGAAGACUACAGAAAGGCUGAAAUUGGUUUGAAGAGAGUUGUUACCAAGGCUAUGUCCACCCGUUGA